CUGAGCUGUUGUUAUUUUGCGUCGAACUUUCGAAGUGAACGGACGUGUGUUUGCGGCGGGAGAAGGCAUUCGUCACGUAUUUAGCACCAACGAAAACAAUAAUCAAAGUGAAUCCGACUGUGAGUGGGUGUGUGCUUUAGUGUUAAGUGCUAGCCGCAAUGAUUGUGUCAAAGAAAUCAAGAGGUCGGCAUUUGAAACCCACAAAAUGGCAGAUGGCGCAUCGAAACGUGCUCAACAUUUGCCGCCUAACGGGCCGUCGACGUUGCGGCAGACGUGCGGUCAGUUGUUAUCAUUUCUUCAGGCAUAGCCGCGGCUUCUUCUGGUUCAUUCUCUGCAAUUUGUUGCUCACAGCAAACAACAGUGACGCCCAACUUCUGAUAAAUGUACAAAAUCAGGGUGGCGAAGUGAUACAGGAGAGCAUUACGUCCAAUAUUGGCGAGGAUUUGAUUACCCUGGAGUUUCAGAAGACAGACGGCACUCUCAUCACGCAGCUCAUCGACUUUCGCAAUGAGGUUCAAAUCCUCAAGGCUUUGGUGCUGGGCGAGGAGGAGCGCGGCCAGAGCCAGUAUCAGGUGAUGUGCUUUGCCACCAAAUUCAACAAGGGCGACUUCAUCUCCUCGGACGCCAUGGCGAAGCUGCGUCAGAAGAAUCCACACACGAUUCGCACGCCCGAGGAGGACAAAGGUCGCGAGACCUACACGAUGAGCGGCUGGGUCCAGCUGAACCGCUCGCUGCCCAUCACACGGCACCUACAGACGCUUUGCGCCGAGGCCACCGACGCCACCUACGUGCGGGACGUGGACCUGAAGGCGUGGGCGGAGCUGCCAGGCUCCUCGAUUUCGAGCCUGGAGGCAGCGACCGAAAAAUUCCCGGACGCCCUCUCCACGCGCUGCAACGAGGUGAGCAGCCUGUGGGCGCCCUGCCUCUGUACGCUGGAGACCUGCAUCGGCUGGUAUCCGUGCGGGCUGAAGUACUGCAAGGGCAAGAGUCUGGGCAGCGACACAUCCGGUGCCCAGGCGCAGCAGCAGCAGCAAACGAAUUAUCGCUGCGGCAUCAAGACCUGCCGCAAGUGCACACAGUUCACCUAUUAUGUGCGACAGAAACAGCAGUGCCUCUGGGAUGAAUGACGACGCGGCGAGCUGCAGAUGCUGCAGAUGCAGAUGCAGAUGCGCUGCGCCCGGCAGGCUGCAACAGCGACGGCGGCGUGCGAUGCAGCAGCAACAGAAACAACAGCAAAGACAAUAAUAGCAGCAACAGCAACAGCAACAAAAACUAAAGCAACAGCAACAGCAACUGCAACAACAACGACGAGCAGAGUGACAACGACCAACAAAUUACGCCAACUGCUUUUGUUGGUGCAACAGCAGAUGCCUUUUGCACUGUGGAGCUUUCCGGUCCAUCACAUUUCCCAUCAUCCAGCACACACACAGACAGAUACACAUACACAUACACAUACUCAGGCUCAUGCUCAUGCUCGGAGCCACACUCAGGGGCAUCAACAGGAGCCGCUGUCAUCUCAUCGUCCAUCCACAAUGGCCGCCAAUGUGGCGUGAUAAUGCGCCAGCAACUCGGACAGGGAUAUCCAUUAAACACAUAUUCACCCAUCUGCCCCAGGAACUCAUCCCACUUGACACUCGUCUCUCUUAGUUUGCAUUGUUUUCUACUCAUGUAUGGACUGUAUAUAUGUAACUAUAUGAUUAGAAAUAUUGCCAAGCUACACUACGCUUAACGCCGCUUAGGUUAGAUACAACAUUUAUGAUAAUACGCAGGGCAAAACCUUGUUUGAGCUGCAAAAGACAACAAACUAAAAAAAAAUAAAAAAAAAAAAAAAAAAAAAUAAGAAACAUUGCAUUUUUUUGUAAAACUCGAAUAUUUUAAAAAAGUUUAUAUUCAUAUAUCAUUUUCAUAAUCUUUAACAUUCAUCAAUUUUCUUUGCUGCUUUCUCGAUUUGCUUCCUCAACAAAUUCUGGGUCUUAGCUCAUAUCUUACUUUACGCCAGAAGUUUCGACAUUUGAUAAACCUAUAUAUUAUAUGUUUAUUUUUAUUUUUAUCAUCCUUAAGGCUCUUCGAAUAUCUUAACUUUCUUCUUUACACAUUUCCUAAGUCGAAUUUCUAUUCAAUUUCCCAAAACCAAUUGCUAUUCAUGGAAUUUGUCUUCCAUAGAUUCAACAAUCAAUCUAAACACAUUUUAAACAAGUUUUCUUUUGCUGGCGACUCACAUUUUUCACUCCAAAUAAGUUUCAAGUGCUGGAGCAAAGAAAUGGAAAAUGAGAGUGGAAAAAUGUGAAGUUUGCCAAACUAUUUGAGUGCCCAGUAAAAGUUGCAUUUUAUUAAAAAAUCUUGUUAAAACUUGAACUUUGAUUCCAUAUUUUUCUCCAUAUUCUUAAAACUUUGAUUCCAUAAUUUUCACCCUCAGCUCGAACUCAACUUUGAGCUUGAGCUUCGAGCAAUUUUCGUAAUUUCUCUCUUGUUCCUUCUUAAAAAUUGCUCUACAUUUUGCUUAUGAAUUUUGCUAAUAAGAUUUUGAUAUAUUCUUAAAUGUUAUAUUCUGUAGUUUACAUAUGAAAUGUGUUUAGAAAUGUUUUUUUUUUUUUUUUUUUUUUUUUUUGAUUCAUUUUACAUUAGGUUGAUUUAAUUUUUAAAUUUAAAUAUUAACCUAAUCUUCCCAACAUUUUGCAUUUAACAUAUUCUCAUUCUAUCAUCAUUGUUCAUCUUUAGUGGCUAAUGCUGUUAUUAACAUUCUUAUUGGAAGUUUCGCGGUAAUUUAACAUUUCUCUCAGCUCCGCUGUUGACUGUGUUUUACAUUACCUCCAUUACAUUUAUCAUUCACAACUUUUACAACUACCUCAUUGUAGAAUCUCUCUCUCUUCAGUAUUAUAUCAUACCAAGUGUAUAUAUUUGAUCUUAACUCUUUAAUGAUUUUCCUUCUUCCACUUCCACUUCGCCUUCUUCCUUUACUUUGCGUACACACCUGCCUUUUUCCGCUGUUUAUCUUUGCGGUCUAUGUUAAAUAAUGGCUCAUUAACUUUAUUUACGCAGUUCGACAAAUUUGCAUUGUCCUUUUCGCCCAAUCUCUCGCUCUCUUCCUCUUUGUACUACCCACUCGUUUGUCAUAAUUAAUGUGUACAUAAUACAAAUGGUUUGUCGCUUCAUUAAAUGUUCGCUUUACGCAUUUUCCAACUCAAUCAUAUUAUCAUUUUCCCUUCUUCCAAAAC